GCUCAGUUUAACCUUAGAUUGCUUAGUAACCAACCGAUACCCCACGCACUUCCAUCGGCACUUACACGUCCAAAGCGCCGACAUCUCCAACUUUUUUUGAGCUCUUCUUCGUGAAAGUAUCACGAUCGCAAGAAGAAUUGCACAUCCCCUGUUGCUAUCAAACCGUUCAAAAUGGCGCCAGUACAAGAUGACGACUACUCGCUCCUUCAUACCGAGCGUAUAUCGCAAUACGUCUCCCUCUCGCCCGCCAGCCUCUCAACACCUCUUCCAGCACUUUGCGCCGCGGUAUUCUCACCACUGCUUCUUUCCUACUUCGCUCCAGCAAGGGGCAUAGUGCUCGCAUACGAGGAUGUGAAACUGAGCGGCGCGCCACCCUCGUCGCAAUCACAAGCCUCGAAAACAAAGUCAAAAUCGAAGUCAAGAUCACAACCAGAGCGUUCACAACAACGAGAAGAAGACGAAGACGACGACGAAGACGCACCGCCAGAGGCGCUGCUCCUCCGACACGUAGACGAAUAUAUGGCCCCUUAUCUCUGGGCCACGGCCACCUUCCUCGUCUGGCGUCCGCAAAGAAACGCUUUCAUCACAGGCCGCAUCACCCACCAGUCUAAAACACACAUCACGCUCGCACACCUCAACACCUUCCCUGUUAGCAUCCUCAAAGAACACCUCCCCGCAGCUUGGUCAUGGCAUUCGGAAGAAGCGGGGAAGAUGAAGAAAGGCUGGGAUGGGCGCAUCGCCGACGAGGGCGGGUGGUGGGUCGAUGGCGAGGGCGAGAAGGUGCAAGAGGGAAGCGAACUCAAGGUGCGGAUACGUGACUUUGACGGCAGAAUGGAUGGCAGAGGCAAAGGGAAGGGCUUCCUCCGGAUCGAAGGGUCUCUGCUCUCGGAAGCAGAAGAGAAGGCUAAAGCGCAGAAGGGCGGGAAAGGCAAGCAGAAGGCGAACGCUGGCGUGUUGAGGACGCAGCAACAGCGAGGAGCGCAGAUAAAUGGGGAGGUCAUGGAGAUUGAUUGAAUAUUCGGUGGCCUACAAAAGAGCGUGUGAGCUUUGCAUAAAUGGGGCUGGAAUGCUUCGCGAUUUUGACGCCGAGUGGAGUGCACAUGAAAAUGCUUCAGGAUAUAGCAGGGACAUGAGAAGUCCGAGUCAAGCAUUAAGUUGGUGUUCAAGGCGCUCGGGGGUUGCAUAGAUCUAGUUCUACGAUACCACAAUUCAACGUUGCAAUCAGACGUCAC